AUGCGAGGAGAGGAGAAUCUUCCCAGUAUUCGCCAGUAUACAUUUUUCCCCACUAGGUGGCAGGGUGAGACGGGUUUGUGCCUUCACAUGGAAACAGACGAGGCUGCAGAUGCAGGAAUCGGUUUGGGUCGGAUAUCCUCUCCGGCUGCCGGCCAACCACAAGCACUGGGAUAUCAGGAUCUACGAGCCACCCUCCGGGCUCCUUGCCUUUCGCUCCGAUCAAUGCAGCUCCCGGGUCGGCAGCCGCUCUCUUCCCGCUGGGCUCCUCGGCCUCCUCUCGGAUGGACCAUGUGGGCCAGAGCAAGUUGGCUUCUGCUUCUCGCCAACGCAGGGUUUCUCCUCGGCCCAUCCCAGGAGGAGUGUGGCGGUGUUCUGCUUCCCAAUGUCACCCAGGGAAUCUCGCAGUAUUCCCUGCCUGCGACCGACUCCGUCAAUGGGAUCAAGUGUUACUGGAUUCUGCCAGCACCCAGAGCGGCGGCCGUCGAGUUGGAGGUUGUGUCAAAUCAGACAACGCCCCGGACCGAUGCCGGCUGUACUUCUGCCCACUUGACAAUCACACUGCAAGCAACAGAAAAGGAAAGUGAAUUCUGUGGCCUCUUCUGGAGUAUCCACGAGGCUGGAAAGAAGCUUGUGAUCCGAGCGCGAGGGCCGGUUGUUAUCACUCUUAAAGUUGUGACUUCUGGCUUCAAGCAUGGAUUUACCCUGCAGUACUUGGGAUUUCCCAGCAGAGGAAUGGACCCAAAUGUCCCGGAGCCACUGAUGCCGAUUCCAACCCCUUCUCCAGCCCGGGAAAAGGAAGCUGGCUUCUUCAAACACAAAGACAUCUUAAUGUCCCCCACGUGGUCCGAUCAAGUCUCGAAACCCAGUGGGAAGGAGCUGGCGAGAAGGCGACCUGCCGGCGUCCACCACCGCUCCCAGGCUCCCAAUCUUCCAGUCCGCCCCAAGCGGGGAACCCGAGCCCACCCGGUGCCUGGAAACAUCCCGACAACAAGGCAUCACCAGGCGGACCCCCGUGUCUCAUCACAUCCCAACUCGACAAGACUGGAGUCUCCAGGAGAAUCUGCUUCUACGCCUGACUCCAUCUCCACCACCCACACCAAACCCAACCCAGCCCCACAACACGGCAGCGCCACAGCCCCAGGACCGGGCCCAGCCUCCAGCUCUCGCCCAGGUCGCUUCUCCAUCCCUGGACCAUUUGCCAACAACAUCUCCGGCCCCAUUGGAAGCUCCCAGUCGAACUUCAUCAGCGGUCGGAAGCCAUUGCCCGCUCCAACACUCACCUCCAGAGCGAACAUUAACUCCAGCCUAGUGCUGAGACCCAGCCUUGGGUCUUUUCUAUUCACCCCUGAGAACAUCACGCUGGUGGAUGGAGCCCAGUCACUAUCCCGGGCGGAACCUCGGUUAGAGGACUUGGAUGAUGUGAUGAGCCACCAGGAAGACAAGACGGGCAGGCGCCGUGUCCCGGGCUCGGAGAUGGGGCAGGAGCCAAGGCUGACCAUGGGUGACGAUGAGACGGGCAGCAGCAGCAGCGAUGCCGAAGGGGUUGCAACCGAGUCCCACCCCAACACCCCGCGGCCUCUGGCACCGGGCCGGUCACUCAAAGCCGGCCCGGCGACACGCAGCCAGUCUGCCGGCAACAUUGCCCUGUUUACAAGACCCGGGGGCAGCCGGGAAUCAGUCGGAGGGUCCCAGGGCGUUGACUACUUGCACGGGAGAGGAACGGCCCGGGACCCGGCACCCACCCAGAAACGGGACCUCGGCUCCACUGCGGAACUCCGCGCCGCUCAGUCCCACACACACCACUGGGAACCUGCAUUGGGCUCCGGGAAACACGGUGCUCCCUCCCCUCACACGAGCCCCACCUCACUCCACGUUCGCAAUUCAAACGCAGGUGAUCUCCGAAGCCACCAUCUGCUGACCUCAGCAGAAGCGAGUCAGCUCGGCGGCAUGCAAAGGAAAUUCCAGUUCAAAGACAUUUCCUCCGCCGCGGCGAUUAAACCGGGGAGUGUGUUAGAAAGUCCUGAACUGACUACACAUUCUUCCAAGCUCCCAGUGGUGGGACCUUCCAUCGACCAGGAAACAGAUGCAGAGAGUUUGAUCUGCGAGUCAGGAGCCAGCGGCUGUGCCCAAGUCGCUGGAAUCCCUUCAGCUGUUCCUUCUGUGAAUAAUGUGGACACCACACAGACUGCACCAUCAUACUCACUGGGAAUGGAUGGAAGGUCCUUGACAACGGGGCCCAUCAACACCUCUCCCAGUUCCGGACGUUUCACCGGCCUCAUCACGAGGCUUUCCACCACCGAAGUCAUCAUAUCCCGGCCUCUGGCAAACAGCAGCCCACCAUCCACUGAAGUUGACUACAGUGAUACUCCACCCAAUGAGAUGGAUCUCCAAACAACCUCGGCACAAGUCCAGAACCAGGAAGUGGAAGUGACCACUUUGGGAAGGUUGGUUGCUCCAACCACCCCUUCCUCGACUAUUGAUUUCUCAGACCCAACCCAUUCUGGGGCACAAUUCCCACCAUCCUCGCCGCUGCCUGUUUCGGUGACUAACUUGGCCAAGUCCCAGCCAUCGGAGCUUGGUCUUCUGACCAGAUCACAGCCUCCUGUUGACCAGUGGGGUGUGGUAAAUUGGCAAAGGCCUGGCAGCUCCUCUCCAGCCUCAAGUGGGGCAUCAGCCCUACCAACCAAUAUCAGCUUGAAGAUUAACUCUCCUCCACCACCUUCAUCUUCGGCAGAGGGUUCUUUAGUCAGUGAGGAAUCUUUCACGUCAUGGACGCUGAGUUCAGUGCCCAAAGGUUCUUCAAAGCUUCCUAUCGCACAUGUUGGCACAGAAGAUCUUGGCAACCUAGCUAUGCUGUCAGCACGGCCUAGGUCAACUGAACAAUGGCAAUGGAAAAUGUUGACGACGUUAGCCAAUGUUGCUGAGCCUGAUUCCGUGGUGGAAACAAGCAGUCAUGGGGGGUCACCUACAUCAGGCUCGUCAGCUCAUCCCAAAAUCACUCCUCAACUCUCGUCAACUUUAGUACCGACUGAGUUAUUUAUAAGACAUAGCACUCCUAGCGCCUCAACACUCAGCACGGAUACCAGACAGACAUGGAGCCCAGACAUCAGUCGGACACUGAGCCCAGACGUCAGUCAGACACUAAACACAGACAUCAGUCAGACACUGAGCCCAGAUGUCAGUCAGACACUGAACACAGACGUCAGUCAGACACUAAGUCCAGAGGUCAGUCAGACACUGAGCCCAGAUGUCAGUCAGACACAGAACACAGACAUUAGUCAGACACUGGGUAUGGGCAGCAGUCUGACACAGAACAUGGGUGUCAGUUGGACACAGAACACAGACAUCAGGCGGACAUCGGGCCCAAACGUCAGUCAGACACUGAAGCCAGACAUCAGUCAGACACUGGGCCCAGACGUCAGUCAGACACUAAACACAGACAUCAGUCAGACACUGAGCCCAGAUGUCAGUCAGACACUGAACACAGACGUCAGUCAGACACUAAGCCCAGAAGUCAGUCAGACACUGAGCCCAGAUGUCAGUCAGACACUGGGCCCAGACGUCAGCCGGACACUGAGUGCAGGCAGCAGCUGGACACUGCUAACGGAUAUCACUCAGACACAGAGCACACACAUCAGAAGGACACGGAGUACAGAUGUCGAUUGGACACAGAGCAGGGACAGUCGGUCACUGAACGCAGACAUUACUCAGUCACUGGGCACAGAUGCCAGUCAGACCCAGAGCACAGACAUCAGUCAGACACUGAGCCCAGACAUUAACUGGACAGAAAGCAUCGACAUGAGCCAGACGGAGAGCAUGGUUGUGAGUGAGACAGAGAGUACAGGCAGCAGACGGACAUUCAGCACAAAUAACAGUCAGACAGAGGGUUCAGAUAUCAGUCGGACAGAGAGGACAGACAUCAGCUGGACAUUGGGCAUGAAUAUCAGUCAGACACUGACCAUGGAUGUUAGCGAGACACAAAGCCAGGAUAUCAUUAAUACACUGACCUCACACAUUAGACCUACACUGAGUACAGAUGUCAGUCAGACACAGAACACAGACAUUAGUCAGACACUGGGUAUGGGCAGCAGUCUGACACAGAACAUGGGUGUCAGUUGGACACAGAGCACAGACAUCAGGCGGACAUCGGGCCCAAACGUCAGUCAGACACUGAAGCCAGACAUCAGUCAGACACUGGGCCCAGACGUCAGUCAGACACUAAACACAGACAUCAGUCGGACACUGGGCCCAGACGUCAGUCGGACACUGAGUGCAGGCAGCAUCCGGACACUGCUAACGGAUAUCACUCAGACACAGAGCACACACAUCAGAAGGACACAGAGUACAGACAUCGAUUGGACACAGAGCAGGGAUAUCAGUCUGAUCGAGAACACGGGCAUCAUUGGGACAGAUAGCACGAACAUCAGUCAGACAGAGAGCAUGAACAUCAGUCAGACAGAGAGCGCAGACAUCACUCAGACAGAGGACACAGACAUUAGUCGGACACAGGGCACAGACAUCAGUCAGACAGAGAGCGCAGACAUCAGUCAGACACAGAGCACAGACAUCAGUCAGACAGAGGACACUGACAUUAGUUGGACACAGGGCACAUACAUCAGUCAGACACAGGGCACAGACAUCAGUCAGACACAGGGCACAGACAUCAGUCAGACACUGAGCAGGGACAGUCGGUCACUGAGCGCAGACAUUACUCAGUCACUGGGCACGGAUGCCAGUCAGACCCAGAGCACAGACAUCAACUGGACAGAAAGCAUCGACAUGAGCCAGACGGAGAGCAUGGUUGUGAGUGAGACAGAGAGGACAGACAUCAGCUGGACAUUGGGCACAAAUAUCAGUCAGACACUGAACCCAGACGUCAGCCAGACACUAAACACAGACAUCAGUCCGACACUGGGCCCAGACGUCAGUCGGACACUGAGUGCAGGCAGCAGCCGGACACUGCUAACGGAUAUCACGGGGACACAGAGCACACACAUCAGGACACAGAGUACAGACAUCGAUUGGACACAGAGUAGAGAUAUCAGUCUGAUCGAGAGCACGGGCAUUAUUGGAACAGAUAGCACAGACAUUGGUCAGACACUGAGCACAGACAUCAGUCAGACACAGAGCUGGGGCAGUCAGACAAUGAGCGCAGACAUCAACUGGACAGAAAGCAUCGACAUGGGCCAGACGGAGAGCAUGGUUGUGAGUGAGACAGAGAGUGCAGGCAGCAGACGGACAUUCAGCACAGAUGACAGUCAGACAGAGGGUUCAGAUAUCAGUCAGACAGAGAGGACAGAUAUCAGCUGGACAUUGGGCCCGAAUAUCAGUCAGACACUGACCAUGGAUAUUAGUGAGACACAAAGCCAGGACAUCAUUAAUACACUGACCUCACACAUCAGACCUACAGAUGUCAGUACAGAUGUCAGUCAGACACAGAGCACAGACAUCAGUCGGACACUGGGCCCAGACGUCAGUCGGACACUGAUUGCAGGCAGCAGCCGGACACUGCUAACGGAUAUCACUCAGACACAGAGCACACACAUAAGAAGGACAGAGAGUACAGACAUAGAUUGGACACAGAGCAGAGAUGUCAGUCUGAUCGAGAGCAUCAUUGGGACAGAUAGCACGAACGUCAGUCAGACAGAGAGCCCAGACAUCAGUCAGACACAGAGCACAGACAUCAGCCAGACACAGGACACAGGCAUCAGUCAGACACAGGACGCAGGCAUCAGUCAGAACGAGAGCACAGACAUCAGUCAGACACUGACCAGGGAUGUUAUCCAGACCCAGAGCCAGGACAUCAUUAAUACACUGACCUCACACGUCAGACCUACACUGAGUACAGAUGCCAGUAAGACACAGACCACAGGUGUCAGUCGGACACAGAGCACAGGUGUAAUUGGGACAAGGGGUACAGGCAUCAAUCAGACACGGGGCAGGGUUGGCUCUGCUCUAACUUUGCCCACACCAAACACCGGGUCAUUUGCACUCCUGCACCCUACGUCCCAGCCAAGCAUCAAUACAUCAGUCAGGCCAACAUCGUCAGCUGGGGAUACAGAGAGAGUGGGAGCUGUGCAGAGCACCGGGCAGCAGCAGCAGCAACACACACCAGCCACCUCCGGAGCUGCAGAGUACACAGUCCCACUGUCCACUCCUCUAGAGGGACACAAGCAGAUUUUUAUCGUGGAGGACCGGCUACCACAGGUCAGAGAGGGCAUCACUGUAAAGUUUCCAACAAUGCUUAUUCUGAACAUGAGCUUUGAUCAUCACCUGAAAGACUCAAAGUCCGACGAAUACCAGAACCUGGCCAAGGAUUUCACAUUCAAAAUCGUUCCAUUUUAUCACAAGGUUCCUGGGUUUCAGCAGCUGCAGAUUAAACGCUUCAGUGUGGGCGGUGUGCAGAUUGAGUUUGACGCCAUCUUCACCUUGAAGGAAAUGCAAUGGUUUUUGCUGGAGCCCAACCUGAUCUUCAAUGUUAGUGGCCUGCGCCUCGUCAUUGCCGCUGGCUUCUGGAUCGGUGGCGCACAAGUGGUGACGGUGUAUGUGACAGAAAAACUAAUUGCUUUGUGUGGUGAGGUGCUUUUCUGCCAGAACGGGUUCCAGUGCGUACAUAGAAAGUCGGGGAAUGUGAGCUGUACCUCCCUCUGCCACACUGCCUACUGCAAGAACAGCGGCAUCUGCACUCACAGCCGGGGCCAGGGGCCAAUCUGCCAGUGCCCCGUGGGCAGUGAUUAUUGGUACAUGGGCUCCCGGUGCGACCACAGAGUGACCCAGCAGAGCCUGAUAGCGAUCGUGUUCGGCGUGGUGUUUGCUCUGGCCUUGCUGCUAGCCGCCGUGGCCAUCGGAGUCCUCCGGAGGUACAAGGUGGUGCUGAUCGAGGCCGAAAUGGACCAGACCCGAAGCAGUUAUAAGCGUUUCAGUCGCUUUGAUGAUUUCUCCAAUCAAAACCAGUCCCAAUCCUGGCUCAACUUCUCUGUGAAUUCGUUGGACAAUCCCGGCUUCAGUAACUCGGACGAACUGAUCCAUCUGCAUAUCUUGGACACCAGUUUCUACUCUUGCCACGAAGAGUCAGAGACCGGCACAUACAACAGUCGCAGGACUGGCCGGCACAGUCAGCCACCUUUCAGACACAGUCUACAACACGUGGAUGUUAGCAUCAGCAGCAUCAACGGGCACACAGGAGACUCGGGGAAAGCCAGUGAUCUGUCGGUUUGCAGCUGGCCUGUUGAACCUUACCAGUGGUCACCCUUCCCAAUCCUGUACCAACACAGCAGGGACAGGCCGUUCAAAGGCAGAAGGCCACACUCGUACUGUGAAGGGAUGGAACCUGUGAACAUGGAAAGAAACUGGACGGCCUAAAUAGUAAUAGAAAACAUGCAGAUAAAGCAGCACUCCUUUUCCUGAAGGUCAGGCCUAUUUUGUUUGGGUUGGAUGCAGCAUUGGCAUGACCAGAGUAUAUUUUUCCAUGUUUUUACAUUGGCCAUGCUGUGCAAAAACAAUUAGCCAGACAUUAGGGUCUGGAGUUUAAUGUCACUUCCGCGAGUGCGAGUUUCCUGUGGAACAAGGCUGACCGCAGAUUAAACAACACGCCAUCUGCUGCCUGCACUCUGACCUCCGGCCCGUGUUAAGUGACAAGGCUGUUGCUUUAGUUAGCGGGGGGCUAGGCACACGCUCGGAGGGUUCCAAAGGGGUGGGUCAACGACCAUCCAGUUCCAGUGACAAAUCACAACACCAAAAGAAACAACGGAAGGGUAGGGGUAGAAAUGCUGAGCAGCCAAAAACGUCAUGAUUUAUUAAUAUUUGAAGUAACUUCAUAAUUCAACACAACCAAAUUAUACAUUUUACAAUCACAUUCUAUUUGUAAACAGUUAAAAAGCCACUGACUUGUUUGCAUCUUCCAACAGACAGUUAUAAUGAAGGCAAUGAAAUGGUGGCAAGUCUGCAGUGUUAAAAUUGUGUCCUGGUUUGUCUCCUCUGAACAAAUACAUUUCGUGACAAAACCAAAGUGUAAAAUAACUCGUUUUCUGUUGAACUUUUCUCAGAAGCAAAUUCUAACAUUAAAACGGCGUCUUACGGGGAUGACAGUGAUUCUGUGAACCAUCAGAGUUGGUUACAGUAUGCAUAGUUACAGAUCUCAGCCAGUUUUUUUUUUUUAAAGUACAACAGUCAAUUGGACAGUCAUAAUAGCAAAAUACAUGUAGCCACUCGAUAAUGGGAAUAUAAAGGACGAGGGUGUUGGAAAUAAAGUAUAUAUACUACAACAUGUCAGCAAAAUUCACCUUCACUCACCAUAAAAUGACAGCAAUUUCAAAGCAAUAGCUGGAAAAUCCAGCUUUAAGCAGUUAACUUGGCAAAAAUAAAACAAAUGUAAUUUUACAGAGCAGUUUAAUUCAGUGCUAAAAGUUUGGAGAGGGGGUCCUACACAAAACUACCAGAAGUCUCUAACAUGGGAAAGAGGGAGAGGGGGAGGGAACUAUUUCCUGAGAACCAUGCUCUUCUCGUUUCAGGAUAUAGAGGAAUAGAAAAAAAAGAACAUGGUCAAAACACUGUUCAAUAUUCCCAGAGAUAGAACAUCUUCAUCUGCAAUUUUUAUUAAU